GUCGCCGUCAGCUGUAAAAGGACAACCGUCACCAGUGUCACCAACUGUCACUGUCUCGAACAUAACCUCAAUCCCUUAGUUUUUUGAGCUGUGUGCGCGUACGUUUUAGGCGAAUUUGUAUGUUUUCUUCGUUAUUUUACAAAAAAUCUUCACUGAGAAAAGAAAUUACGAAUGCCAUGUCGAAGAAAGCAAAAAAUAAGGGCGCGCAGAAAGAAACGGAAACUCAUUCCAAAACAGAGGGUCCCUUAAGCGUAGAUAAGGCAAAUAAUAUAAUUAUUUCUAUAUUGGCAAAACCGGGUGCCAAACAGAGCGCUAUAACAAGUUUCUCACCUGAAGGAGUUGGAGUACAAAUAGGCGCUCCUCCAAGCGAAGGAGAAGCAAACACAGAAUUAGUAAAAUACAUGGCAUCUGUAUUAGGACUGCGAAAGAGUGAUGUGGUCCUAGACAAGGGGUUUAAGUCAAAAUCUAAGACAUUGAAGAUUACAGCGAACCUCACGUUAGAUGACAUUAAGAGUAAGUUACUGAAGGAAAUCCAAGAUUCAUAAUCACACUUGUUGUGGUAAUUUUUUAUUAAAGUUAUAAAGUUCUAAUCUACAAUUUAUGGACAAUCACAAUAAAAAUCUUUUUUAUGUUGUAAAUUAUCCAA